UCGCUUGAACGCGCCCAUUGAAAACAAUCUUAUAAAUCCGUCGUCGACGCGCCGCACAUCUAAAACAGCUUUCCAGCGCGCAUGAACUGCUUAUUUGUAUCGGUUCUCAAUGUUCGCACAUGUAUGUACAUCCUUUCGUAAAUAAAUACAAUACCAUCCAACGGAACAUACAGCAUCUAUGCAGGGUGUUGUAUGAUUGUUGCUGCAUUUAAAUAAUAUAGUGGAACAAUAUCAACAUGAGAAUGGCAGUUGAAUUCCACGUCUCUUGACAAUCCCGGCAGUCUCCGACGUGGAAUGUUUUCAGAUUAUUCAACUUCGAGAUAAUGCAUUCCUAACCUCCAACAAGCUAUGGAAGAUCAAAUUCACUCGGAAUUAAUUCUAAAGGAGGAGCGGGAGGAGGACGAGAUCAAAGGGGGCCGCUGCUCUGCCGAGACUGCCGAGAGCGAGAAGAGCGUCACCCCUGACGGGUCGGCGAUCGGGAUACGGCCGAAACCUCUGAUCUACAAACCGGAAAACGUGAGCAUUGGCUGCAAGUCGGAGCCACUCGAGACAAAAUGGCACUGGGCACCAGGAGCGUGGCAAGACUCGACCAGGACUAGCGCCUUCCAACCAUACAAGCCACCCACUCUGCUCACAAAUUUGCAAAGAGGCAACACUCAAACGCAGAUACACCAGCUCUAUGUUGGCAACGACAUCACGUUUCAUACCUUGGCGGGUCAGGGGGAACUUACAUCUGACCAUAUACAUUCAAACUCAGUGGAUAUGACUGAUGAAAAGGGCUUAACCGGAUUGAUGUGGGCCAGUGCUUACGGACAAAUAGGUAGUGCUAAACAAUUGCUCAAAAGGGGCGCCAGUAUAAAUCGUUGUGGACCAAACUUACAGACUAGUCUACACUUGGCGGCCGCCUAUGGUCAUCAUGAUGUUGUCAAAUUAUUGUUAAAUCAUGGAGCUGAUCCUAACGCAUGUGACGAGGAUGGUAAUACUCCAUUAAUAUAUGGAGCACACUGCGAUCAUCCACAUGUUUGCUAUGAAUUAUUAAUAAAAGGUGCAGAAAUAACACUUACUAAUACCUCAAAUGUAAGUGCUUAUAAAGCAGCAAUUAUGAAUAAUUCAAUGAAUGCUAAAGCAGUUAUUGAGAAUCAUUUGAUACCACAAAUUAUAAGUACGCCAACGGAUGAAUUAUAA